CUCUAAACUCCUCGCACACAGAACUGUCACCGACUCACCAUCACAUAUACACAAUGGAUGACCAAAACAUCUCGCCGCAGCAGAACAGCAAUUACCCCAGCUCGACCGGCACCGACAGCUACGCGCAGGGCCCCGGCAGCGGUGCGGACGCGCAGCAAUUCAGCCAAGGCCAGGGCGGCGGAUACGACAACAUGCAGCAGUCUGGUCAGGACGACAUGGGCGGCGGGCGCGGCGCGAUGGGCUCCGGUGUUGCCGGAGGCUACGGAGGCAACCAGUCGAACCAACAGGGCCAACAGAGCCAACAGGGCCAACAGAGCCAACAGGGCCAACAGAGCCAACAGAGCCAACAGGGCCAACAGAGCCAACAGGGCCAACAGGGCCAGGGGCAGACCCAGGAGAAACAGGAUUGGCUCGAUAAGGGCCUUACGAUGAUGGGAAAGAAGGCCGGCAUGAAUGUGAGCGGCCAGCAGGCAGACAGUGCCGGUGACUUCAUCAACAAAGAGGUCAACCAAUACACAGGCCGUAAACUCCCUGGCGUACAGUAAUUUACACAGCUUGUACGGACCGACUAUAGCAUUAGGACUUGAGCAAAUGUAACGAUAUCGGAAGU